UUCCCUUCUUUUAUUGUCACAUAGACGAUGUAGACCAAGAAACAAAUCUUAUAGUUGGAGAUGGACUUAUUCCCGGCUGAAAACACACUGGCCCAGCAGGCCAUCGUCUUCGCUAGGCCGGGCCAUCCUCUUCUCGCGGCCCAGCAACCCAGCUCCCCUCCUCCUCCACUCCACUCCGGCCCGGCAGCGCACGUACACCAGCUGCUCGUGCAAAUGCGCACCAGCGCCGCCCGACCUCAUCCGGCGCCAGAUCGCCCCGCCGCCAAACCAAUCUUUCCUCGCGGCGGCGUUUGGUCGGCGUUAUGUAGGGUAGGUCCCGCCGGCAGCGAGGAGUAGCGGGCGCGAUGCGUCACCGUUCUCUUGCUGCUGCUGCUUCUGCUUCUGCGCCGCCACCACAAAUGCCGCCCUCGUUCCACUUCCAUUGGCGCCACCAUGCUGCUCGUCGCCUCUCCUCCACCACCGCCUGCCUCCAUCCACCUCCACUGCAACCUCCUCGAGCGUCGGCGUCGGCGUCGGCGUCGCUCCUCCUCCAGCUACAGGACCACAUCGCCAGCGGCCACCUCUCCCGCGCUCACCACCUGUUCGAUCAAAUCCCCAGCCCGGACGUUCGCACCUACAACGACCUCAUCCGAGCCUACUCCUCCUCCUCACCGACCGCCGCUGCGGAUGGCCUCCACCUAUACCGCCGUAUGCUCCGCCACCGCGUCGCCCCUAACAACUACACCUUCCCCUUCGCCCUCAAGGCCUGCUCUGCGCUGGCCGACCACCACUGCGGCCGCGCCAUCCACCGCCACGCCAUCCACGCGGGCCUCCAGGCCGACCUUUUCGUCUCCACCGCCCUCCUCGACAUGUACGUCAAGUGCGCUUGCCUACCCGACGCCGCCCACAUCUUCGCCACCAUGCCCGCCAGGGAUCUCGUCGCCUGGAACGCCAUGCUUGCCGGCUACGCGCACCAUGGCAUGUACCACCACGCGGUUGCUCACCUCCUCAGCAUGCAGAUGCAGAUGCAUCGGCUCAGGCCCAACGCCUCCACCCUCGUGGCGCUCCUUCCGCUCCUUGCCCAGCAGGGGGCGCUCGCCCAGGGCACCAGCGUCCACGCCUACUGCAUUCGUGCCUGCCUCCACCCCAACCGCAACAGCAAGAGCAAGCUGACGGACGGGGUGCUCCUCGGCACCGCGCUCCUGGAUAUGUACGCAAAGUGCGGGAGCCUGCUCUAUGCUCGCAGGGUGUUCGAUGCCAUGCCUGCCAGGAACGAGGUCACCUGGAGCGCACUUAUCGGAGGCUUUGUGCUGUGCAGCAGAAUGACCCAGGCCUUCCUUCUGUUCAAGGCCAUGCUAGCCCAGGGCCUCUGCUUUCUUUCUCCCACUUCCAUUGCCAGUGCUCUCAGGGCCUGCGCCUCCCUCGACCAUCUCCGUAUGGGUGAACAGCUGCAUGCUUUGCUUGCUAAAUCUGGUGUCCACGCCGACUUGACUGCAGGGAACUCACUUCUCUCGAUGUACGCCAAGGCUGGCUUGAUUGACCAGGCAAUAGCUUUGUUUGAUGAGAUGGCCGUCAAGGACACUGUCUCCUACAGUGCGCUUGUAUCAGGGUAUGUGCAGAAUGGCAGGGCAGAGGAGGCGUUCCUUGUCUUCAAGAAGAUGCAGGCAUGCAAUGUAGAACCAGAUGCUGCAACAAUGGUCUCGCUCAUCCCAGCUUGCUCACACCUGGCGGCUUUGCAGCAUGGAAGGUGCAGUCAUGGUUCUGUCAUAAUCCGUGGACUCGCAUCAGAGACUUCUAUAUGCAACGCGUUAAUAGAUAUGUACGCAAAGUGUGGGCGGAUCGAUCUCUCCAGGCAGGUUUUCAACAUGAUGCCAUCUCGGGAUAUUGUGUCAUGGAAUACUAUGAUUGCAGGAUAUGGAAUCCAUGGACUAGGGAAAGAAGCCACUGCAUUGUUCUUAGAGAUGAAUAAUCUAGGUUUUCCACCAGAUGGUGUCACAUUCAUCUGCUUACUUUCGGCUUGCAGCCAUUCUGGACUUGUGAUUGAAGGGAAGCACUGGUUUCAUGUGAUGGGACACGGGUAUGGUCUAACUCCCAGGAUGGAGCACUAUAUCUGCAUGGUUGAUCUUUUGUCAAGAGGUGGUUUCCUCGAUGAAGCCUACGAAUUUAUCCAGAGCAUGCCACUGAGAGCAGAUGUUCGUGUGUGGGUAGCCUUGCUUGGAGCUUGCCGGGUUUAUAAGAACAUUGAUUUAGGAAAGAAGGUGUCAAGGAUGAUCCAGGAGCUAGGGCCCGAGGGCACCGGCAACUUUGUUUUGCUGUCCAACAUAUACAGCGCUGCUGGGAGAUUCGAUGAGGCGGCGGAGGUUCGGAUAAUACAGAAGGUACAGGGUUUUAAGAAGAGUCCAGGCUGCAGUUGGAUUGAGAUAAACGGCUCCCUACAUGCAUUUGUUGGGGGAGACCAAUCUCAUCCACAAUCACCUGAAAUAUAUCGAGAGCUGGAUAACAUUCUAGUAGGUAUUAAGAAACUGGGUUACCAGCCCGAUACCAGUUUUGUUUUGCAAGAUCUGGAGGAAGAGGAAAAGGAGAAGGCACUCAUCUGUCAUAGUGAAAAGCUAGCUAUAGCCUAUGGUAUCCUGAGUCUUAGUGAAGAUAAGACCAUUUUUGUUACUAAGAAUCUCCGCGUUUGUGGGGACUGUCAUACUGUAAUCAAGCACAUAAGCUUAGUGAAGCGCAGGGCUAUCAUUGUACGAGAUGCUAAUAGGUUUCAUCAUUUCAAGAAUGGGCAAUGCAGCUGUGGAGAUUUUUGGUGACAACACAACGCGUGGUUCAGCUACUGAGCUACGGAUUACAAUCCGAAUCUUGAUUUUGAAUUUUA